CCGAUCUAAGUUGAAACCGACAGAAGAUGUCAACACAAAUACGUAUAUUGUUUAUGAGGCUCAUAAUGGACUUUUAAGAAAAGCCUGUUUUAUGAACUACAAGUCCAAAGGAUAGUCUCGAAGAGGAGAAACCCUAGAGAACUGAUAUAUAUACAAACUCUUUUCUUCUGUUCUACGCCACAACCAAAGGGGAGAAGCAAAAAUGGUGUCUCUGAAGCUCCAGAAGCGGCUCGAAGCAUCGGUGAUGAAGUGCGGGAAGGGCAAAGUUUCGCUCGAUCCGAAUGAAUCUUCCGACAUCUCGAUGGCUAACUCCCACAAUGCAAGUUACAUAACCAUGGGAUCACCAAAAAUAUUUCUCCGGCCGUUUAAUCUCUCCGACGCCGGAGACGUUCUUAAAUGGGCCGGUGAUGAUGACGUCACACGUUACCUCCGUUGGGACUCUAUUAAAACCGUGGAAGAAGCCCAACAACACAUCCUCCAAAAGGCCAUACCAUACACAUGGCGCCGUUCCGUCUCUCUUGUUGACAACGGUCGUUCCAUCGGUUACGUCUCCAUCAAGCCUGAUUCUGGAGAUGGUAGUUGCCGGGCCAACCUCGGUUACGCGGUCUCCAAAGAGUUUUGGGGGCGAGGGAUAGCCACUGUAGCGGUGAGGAUGGCGGUGGACCAAGCUUUGGAGGCUUUUCCGGUGGUGGUGAGGAUACAAGCGGUGGUGGAAGUGGAGAACAUAGCGUCUCAGAAGGUUCUGGAGAAAGUUGGGUUUGAAAAAGAGGGUUUGCUUAAAAAAUAUGGUUGUUGCAAAGGAGUGGUUAGAGAUAUGUUUUUGUAUAGUUUUGUUAAGGAUGAUUGUUAAGGGAAGUAACUUGAUAAGAUCAUGUUUUAGUCGAAAUUAUAUUUUUAGUUUGCAAAGAAAAAGAUGUUUACGGCAACGAGUGAUGGUCCCUUUUGUAUCUAUGUCUUUAUCAUGUCAUAAGUUGUUAUAAGUCGUGUCAUAUGAAUUAUAAACUACGGU